GAAACACAAGGUGGAAAAUAAAUAAAAUAAUUUAAUUGUCUUCCUUUUUAUGCAAAAAAAAAAAAUGGAAAAAUCAUAUACCCUUUUGUUGUUUUUUCUCCUUAUUUCAGACCUCCUUUAUUGAUGAUGGUCUUGGUCAGUUUCUCCUUUUUCUCUUCUGCAAAGUUUUAAGAAAAAGAACUGCACCAACUAAACCUUCUUUUUCAACUUUUUUUGAGGUUUGGUUUUUUUUUUUUUUCCAAUCAAAAACCUUAAACAAAAAAGUUAGUCAUGUCAGGUUUGUAUAAUCAGAACUUCUCACAUGCUAGAGCUGCUUCUCCUCAGAUUAGAACCAGCUCAGAAGUUGAUAGUCAGUAUCUAUCAGAGUUGCUGGCAGAACAUCAGAAGCUUGGUCCUUUUUUGCAAGUGCUGCCUAUAUGUAGCCGCCUCUUGAAUCAAGAAAUAUUAAGAGUUUCUGGAAUGUUGUCCAACCAAGGUUUUGGUGACUUUGAUAGACUGCAGCAUAGAAGUCCUAGUCCUAUGGCUUCUUCAAACCUCAUGUCAAAUGUCUCCGGGACAGGAAUGGGAGCAUGGAAUAGUCUUCAGCAGGAGAGAUUAUGUGGACCACCUGGAAUGAAUAUGGACUGGCAAAGUGCACCUGCAAGUCCUAGUUCAUUCACUGUCAAGAGAAUAUUGCGCUUGGAAAUUCCAGUAGAUACAUUCCCCAAUUUUAAUUUUGUUGGAAGACUUCUGGGACCUAGAGGCAAUUCUUUGAAACGGGUUGAAGCUACUACUGGUUGCCGCGUGUAUAUUAGAGGAAAAGGGUCAAUAAAAGAUCCCGACAAGGAAGAAAAAUUACGAGGAAGACCAGGCUAUGAGCAUCUCAAUGAACCUCUACACAUAUUGAUUGAGGCUGAUUUACCUGCUAAUGUUGUUGACAUAAGGCUCAGACAGGCUCAGGAAGUCAUAGAAGAACUACUCAAACCUGUGGAUGAGUCACAAGACUUCAUUAAGAGGCAGCAGCUUCGCGAAUUAGCUCUACUGAAUUCAAAUUUCAGAGAAGAGAGUCCAGGGCCAAGUGGCAGUGUGUCCCCAUUCAAUUCAAGUGGAAUGAAACGUGCAAAGCCGGGUCGUUAAAAUGCGUCUUUGAUGGUGUAUAUGGAUGUUGUGGUCCUCCAGCUAUUCAUUGCUGAUAAUAUGUUCCAGCACAUGUCUCACUCAAUGCAGCUAUGAAAAGAAUAGGCUAACAAUGCUUUCUGGUUAGCAUUCUGGUGGUUUUCCCUACCUUUUCUUUGAACAGAAAGGAGACAGCUGGAAUGAUGAAUUUCUUAAAGAGAAAAUUUUAUAUAAUUGGGUAUUGAAAAUAGGUUUUGUUCAAAUCAACCCUUUUUUUUUUCCUUUCCUUUUAAACUCAAUACAUUCAUUGGAUUUAUUCUUGAGUCAGUUACUUUUGAGAAGUGUGGAAUAUAUAUAUACAUGUCAUGGUGAUGGUAAAGUUACAGGCCUUGAGAAGUGUUGUUGGCAUGUGUCAUGUGUCAAAGUGUCAUGGUAUUUUAAUAUUUAUGUAAGUUAUAUAGCAUAGGUUGGAUUCAUUUUUGUUGUUUGUCACAAGAAUUUGUAUUCUCUUCCAAGAGAUAUGUACCGUAGUUGGAAUGAUGAUGCAUCUCAGAUGAACAUCUUACCAUGUACCAUGGGAUAAAAGUUGUAUUUUGUCUAUAUACAAUGGUACUAUAAAUGUUCUGCAAAUUCUUUUA